AUGAAGGGAUCUCAGGUGGAGCUAUGGUCAGUUUGGCUAUCUGGGUUUGUCUUCAUUGCUCUCUCUCUCUAUGCCACUCAGAGAUUACCUGCAUUCAAGGAUCAUAGCAGAACCUCCGAAGAUGCUAUAUUGGAUUCCACAAGUCUUAGUAUCACCAUAUUCACAGCUCCUAAACCCUUUAAGGGCUCUACUGGGACCAAACAGACACUUGCUGUUCGGUCAUGGUUGGCUCUGUCUGCAUAUGUUACUAUUGUUUUGUACAGUCGAGAUCCUUCAGUUGCCUCUUUUGCAGAAGCUUUUGAUUCCAGGGUUUUAGUUGAUACUAACAUUGAUUUUACCUUCCUAGGUACUCCUUUUCUCCACUCCAUGAUUGCAAAAUCACGCUCAUACAUAUCGGAUAUAUCUGUUAUCGUUGAUCCUGAAACCAUUAUCCUUUCUGGAUUCACCUCCACCUUAAACCAUGUGUAUCAACUUGACCGUGAUUGGCUUCUUGUUGCUUCGGCUCAAAAUGUUUCUUCCUUCCCGUUCCAUUUGGAUGAAUCCGGGAAACAUUGGCAGACAGAUAAUGGGAAACGGAUGAAGAUCCAGGAGCUGCAGAAAAUACUUCAAAAGAAUUGGCAGGGGAAACGUUGUUAUACAAGAAUGCUUAUGGUGUGGAACAGCAAGGAUGUGCCUCUACAUGAUGGAGUGCUUCCACCUUUCUUGUAUGGUAAAGGUAUACACAACAAUUGGGUGAUUCAUGAGGCCCUGUCAUCUGAGUUCAGAUUUAUCUUUGAUGCUAGUUUGACCAUCACAAGUUUCUAUCUGAAUAAAGAGGAUGAUUUUAGUCCUAUACAUGGGAAUUCUAGUGCUGUGGAUAUUGAAAAUGGAAAUUGGGAGUACACUGGUAAUUCCUAUAUAGGGGCAAACUAUGGCUCAUUCUUCUACAGUGAAGCUAACUCUAGCCUGGUCAAACUUUUGAAGUGCAAUAAACAAUACAUUAUGGUUGACACCAAGAAAAACAUUGUUUAUUCACUUAGACACAAGGGUGCAAUAAACCUGAUGAAGGAAAGUUUCUUUCCAUUUUGGCUAAAGGAAAAUACAAUUUAUUGCAUUGAUCGUCUGAAACCACAGACCAUAUCAUUAGAUUGUUCUGUGAAGGAUGAGAGAAAAAUUCCAACAACUCUGGAGCUUCCAUUCUCCUUAGAAUCACUCCUGUCUAUCACUGCAGACAAAACUAAAACAGUUAUACUAACCGUUGCUGGAUAUAGCUACAAGGAUAUGCUCAUGAGUUGGGUUUGCAGAUUACGAGAACUUUCUGUUGAAAAUUUUGUUGUGUGUGCCCUUGAUCAGGAAACUUAUCGAUUCUCCAUCUUGCAGGGAAUUCCAGUUUUCACAGAUCCCAUAGCUCCAAGUAACAUCAGUUUUGAUGACUGCCACUUUGGCACCAAGUGCUUCCAAAGGGUGACAAAGGUGAAGUCAAGAAUUGUUCUGAAGAUUCUCAAGCUAGGCUACAAUGUACUUCUCAGUGAUGUUGAUGUAUACUGGUUCAAAAACCCAGUUCCCUUGCUUCAGUCUUUUGGCCCCGCUGUUCUUGCUGCACAGUCUGAUGAAUACAAAAAACAAGGACCAAUAAACCUACCUAGACGCUUAAACUCUGGCUUCUAUUAUGCUCAUUCCGACAAUCAGACAAUAGCUGCUAUAGAGAAAGUCGUAAGACAUGCAGAAACUUCAGGCCUAUCAGAGCAGCCAAGCUUCUACGACACGUUAUGCGGUGAAGGAGGAUCCAACCGCGUUGGUGACAACCAAUGUGUGGAACCUGAAACUAACCUGACGGUACAUUUCUUAGACAGAGACCUUUUCCCAAACGGUGCUUACCAAGAACUAUGGCGGGAAAAAAACGUGAAAGCAGCAUGUUUGAAGAAGGGUAGCUACAUCGUCCAUAACAACUGGAUCAGUGGAAGGCUCAAGAAACUCGAGCGCCAAGUCUUGUCUGGUUUAUGGGAGUAUGAUCCUGGCACAAGAAUGUGUCUUUGGGGCUGGCAUGGCACGGUAUCAAACAGUGAAGUUAAUUUUGAGGAAAGGGUUGAUUCCUUCUUAUCCAGUCUAUGA